UCUUGCAAGAACGGAGGUUUGGAACAACACGAUCGUGAUUUGUGUAUAUUGGCAAAUAGUUUUUAAACAUGAUUUAAAUUACUGACAUGUUUUAUUAUAAAGCAUUUAGUCCGAUUUACAAAGAUAAAACCAUUUAUAACAUGUGUAUUUUGUCUGCAAAUCAUAAUCUACAUUAAUUCUUACUCAAACGCUGUUACAUAACAUAUAAUUUGAUUUAUACUGUCCACUUUUGUACACAAUAAAUUACUACGGUUCGAACAUGGAGAUUGUACCGAAAUUGUUGAGUGAAUCCUUGAAUGAAGAAACUCCACAUAAGAUCUCGAAUGAGUCCAAUACGCCCCUCAACAACGAACUGUUCACACUUGCAGAUUCUGGAGAAAAUUUUCUACUACUUGAGCAACAUCCAAGAUUUACUUGCAGUUCGUUUGGUCUGUGUCCAGUGGGCAAUAUUGGGCUCCAAAAUGAUGAGAACUCGUCAUCGUCCAAUAAUUCCAGUAAACAUUGUGGGAAUGUACGAAGACAAAGUCCAAUUUCGAAUUCACGAUAUCCUCAAGAUCAAAGACUCGUCUUUAACAUUUCCAUCGCUCAAGGACCAUUUUCCGUUCAACCGCUUCAAAUUUGGAGAAUACGCACUUGAUAUGGGCGUUCCGUAUAUUAACAAAUUUUUCCAUCUCUUCAGCCCCAUUUCGCACGUGACUUUUUCUCCGGAAACGCUCAAUAAUACUCAGGUCUCUACGUUUCGAGAAAUAAUUCUAUUUCAUUUGCCACAGUGUGAAUCGAUUGAAUUGAUUUUUCCACGAUACGGGUAUCUGGAAUUCCCGUGGCUUUUUCCAAAAACAAUAUUCACUCUUCUCAAUCCAGUUUUACCAAACGUUAUUCAAUUGGUUCUAAAAUUGCCAACGGAUCGUACCGAAUUCGUACCACAAUUUUUCAAAGACUUGUUUAGAGCUGUACCAAACGUCGUUACGCUCAAAAUCAUAGGAGCUCAUGCAGGGCUCUUAGAUUGCUUGUUAUCGAAAGAUAUUCUCCAAGAGACGUAUCCAUUCUUAAAGAUGCAAAAUUUGGAAAUACAAGUGAGCGAUGAAAAUCGAACAGAAAUUAAUCAUAAAAACCUAGCUGAACUAACAGAAAUUUCAAAAAAGUAUUUAAAGUUAAGAACGCUAAUGUUAUCGUCUAUGACAGACAAUGUCAAUUUAAGGGCGCAACAAGAAUUUUUGGCAGCAGUUGGAGGAACAUUGGAAAAGUUGACCAUAUCGAAAUUUUCUUACUUUGAGUCACUAAUUCCACUUGGAACAAUUGGCAUUAACUUGAAAUACUUUGAAACUACAUUUCUCAGCGAAAUACAACCUUUGGAUUUUGUUUUCGAGUCCUUACCAAAUUUAAAAACGUUGAUUUUAGGGAAAGUUACCAGCGAUUUGUUCAGCUUAAAAAAUUUAGUACCGAAAUUACUGGUUGAUGCAUACCCAGUUCAUCCUCUGCAAAAAUUAACGCUUCCAAAGGGAUUAAUUGACUCGAGUGCAUUGCCUAAAAUAUUAGAGGGAUUCUCAAAGUUGAGAAGCUUGGAACUGACUGCAGAUGACGAAACGCUCAAGUCCAUUUACAAGGCAGGAAAUGCUGACAAGUUGAAACAUUUUACAGAAUUGUCCUUAUUCGAUGAUUCGGUGGUGACUGACGAAGGCAUUACGGGAUUGCCUUUGGCUAUUUGUCGAGAACUGUAUAAAAAUCAAUGUGAACUACCAAAUGGUAUUAAUUCUGUCGAAGAAUUAAGGAAAGAUGCGCCUUGGAUUGCAUAUUUAACUGGACUUCGUGUGUUUCAAUUAACGGAAAGUGAUGAAAAAAGCGUCCCAAAGAAUCGCAUAUCAAAUGUUUCCAUAAUUUUUGGAUUUAGAUUUCUACCAGAGCUCAACAAUCUUACAAUUCCUAAAACAUGGAUCACCAACUUUUCACUGUACUACAUUGGAAAAUAUUACACGAGUCCAGUAGUACUGUUGGAUAUCAGCCUUUGUUACAGGUUGACUCCACCGGGAAUUGAAAAGCUAAAGGAGGAUUUGCCAAACUUACAAAUCAAGUGCAAAAAUUGGUACAAGAACUUGGUCUCGAUAAGUAACAGAAAUGAAAAUAUGGUCGUUCCGUCCAGUUGCUAUUUUAUGGCGUUUUGAAUGCAUAAAGCUCGUUACUAAUAAUAAAAUUGGGGUCAGAGUUGGAAUGUUAAACCUUGAUGUACAUCCAAAUACUUAUUGUUAGUGACAUCAUUCUGUGAUAAAUUGAUGGUAUGUACAUAUGCGUAUAGAACAAUUUUCUAUAGCCAGCCAAGGAACGUGUAUUUGUUAUUGGAACAUGUGUAGAAUAUAAUGCUCAAUUUACAAUAUUGGAAAAAUUAGUACACACAAUUAGUUCAAAAACUUUAUUACGUCGUCAUUGAAAUAUGUUCGUUUUUUAAGUCAUCCUCUGUAAAAAUCGUGGAAGUAGAUUUGCCGAAACUGUAACCCUCAAUCAAUUGUUCCAACUUUCUUUCCGUUUCGCAGUGAAUAAACUUGGCACCCGAGUUGUGCAUCACUCCAA